AUGGAGCCGGAGCUGCUGAUUGGCUGGCAGCAGGAGAAGGCGGAGCUUAAACAGGAGGUGGGUCGUCUGCAGGACGAGCUGGCAGAGAGUCGAGCAGAAAGAGAGGAGCUGGAGUCCAGGAGCAGAGCUCUGAAUGACAGGCUGUGCCAGUCAGUGUGUCCCUCGCUCGCCCUCUCUCUGCAUGCAGAGGGUGAGCAGAGAGAGUGGAGGAGGAAGGUGAGGGAGGGGAGAGAGAGGGAGGCCAGACAGGCCCUGCUCAUCCACCGGCUACAGAACAAGGUGGUGGAGUACAGAGGUCGAUGUCAGCGUCUGGAGCUUCAGCUGCAGGAAGAUCAGACACAGCUGCUGCACACUGAGCGGAGGAUCAGAGAUGAACACAGUGACUCUCUGGAGAGCGCCCUCAUCAGACUGGAGGAGGAACAGCAGAGGUCAGUCAGUCUGGUCCAGACCAAUGGUCUCCUGCGGGAGCAGCUCAGCCAAUCAGAGCACACCAACCAGGUCCUGAGGGAGGACCUCCAGAAGCUGACAGCUGAUUGGACGAGAGCAGUGGAGGAGGCAGAACAGAGAGAGUCUGAUUGGCUGAGAGAGAAGGAGUGCCGGUCAGGUCAUGUGGGUCAGCAGCAGGCUCGCUUGUUGUCAGUCUGGAGGUCUGUAGUUGCUCUGAGGCGACAGUGUCACACGGUUAAAACAGCUGCUGACAGGGAUCUGUGGCAGUUGAGGGCGGAGUUUUCUCGUCUCUCCUCCUCUCUCCUCUCCAGCUGUGACUCCGUUUCCUCCUCCCUGCGGCUCAGCGCUCCUCACAUCAAACCUUCCUCCUCCUCUGUGCCUCCCCCUGUUCUCCUCUCUGACCUGCCUCCCCCCUCAUCCUCUCCCCCUCCUCUGUCCUCCACUCUGGUCCUCCCUCCUGCAGACUCCUUGGCCUCUGACCCUCCUCUUGUCUCCUCCUCCACCCUGGGAACCUUCUCCUUGCGGGAGCUGGAGCACAAAGAGGAGGAGGAGCUCCUCCACGAGGCUGAAGUCUCUCAGCUGAAGGAGCGGAUUGUGGAGCUCUCCCGCUCACUGCAGGCGGAGCAGAGUCAGAGGGAGGAGAGAGAGAGAGAGGUAGAGAGACACAUAGAGACAGAGAGGAGGCUGCAGUCUGUCAGUCAGGCUGUGAUCAGACUGGUGAACAGCGUCCUCAGUCUGGACCUGUCCUCCCUGCUGUCUGUCCUGUCUCAGACAGAGAGCACCCUGCAGUGGAGACAUGAGGAACUGCAGGGGGCAGAGCUAUCUCUGCGGCGGCUCGGUGAGGAGAAAGCAGCUCUACAGCUGCGACUGAAACAGCUGGAGGAUGACAACCAGCAGCUGCAGACACACACACAACACACUCAGCUGGAGCUCACACACACUCUGGACGUACUGAGCAGGGAGCAGGAGGCGUCGUCUUCUCUGCGUCUGCAGCUGGAGGAGGUGAAGAGGAGGGAGGAGGAGGUGAAGAGAGAGAACGACAGACUGAGGAGAGAGAGAGACAGACAGAAGAAGGUGGAGACUGAGCUGCUGGAGAACGUCCAGCUGACGGAGAGAGAGACUCUUCACCUCCUGGAGAUCAACUCUCUGAAGGGGGCGCUGGAGAGAGAGCAGCUGGACAAACAGAGGGCAGAAGAAGAAGCAGCCGAUGCCAGAGACACUCUGCAGCAGUCCAGGGAGUGUGUGCUGCGUCUCUCCACCUCUGAGUGUGAGUUAAAGCGGGAGUUGGAUGAGGGGCGGGACGCUCUGGACAAGAUGGCCGCCCUGAAUUCAGCUCUGGCGUCAGACAAGAGAGAGCUGAACAAACAGCUGCUGCAGCUGGAGUGUGAGCUGUCAGACAGCCAAUCACAGCUGCAGGCUGUGAGGUCAGAGGUCAACUCUCUGCAGAGAGAGGUCAAGACCCUCAACAUGGACUGCAGCCAGCUCAGAGCUCAGAGGGAGGUUGAGGCCGACGUCGUCCAUCAGCUGAGAGAAAAAGAGGUGGAGCUGGAGAGAAAGAUGGAGGAGAAGGAGAGAGAGCUGGUCUUCCUGAUGGAGGAGAGAGAGGGGGAAGGACGGCAGCGGGAGGAGCUCUCCUCCCAGCAUGCCUCAGUGUGCGGGGAGCUGAAGGAGGCGCAGGAGCAGCUGCGGCAGGCAGUGGAGGAGGCAAGGAGGAGAGACAGACAGCAGGAGGAACAGCAGAGAGACAGCAGGAGGUUGCAGGAGGAGAAGGACAGUCUACAGAGACACAGGGAGGAAGAGGAGGAAGAGGAGAGCGGGAAGGAGAAAGAGGCCUGGCAGCGAGAGAGGGAGGCCCUGAGCGAGGAGCUGGGGACAAUGGAUGGAGAGGUGGAGGCGCUGAGGAGACGCAUAGAGGGACUGACGGAGGAAAGGGAGGAGAGACAGAGGGAGGUGGAGAGACUGAGGGAUGAGGUAACGGAGAGGGAGGUGAAAAUCAGCCACAUGAUGGAGAGAGCACAGCAAGCAGAAGGAGAGAGGGAGAAACUGGAGGAGGAGGUGAAGAAGACAAAGAGGAACAGAGAGAUCGAUGCGCUCUGUGACCGGCUAGAGAGAUUAGAGAGAGAGAAGGAGGAAAAGGAGGAGGAGGUGGCGAGAUGGAGGACCAGAGUGGAGGAGAUGGAGGAGGAGAUGAGAAAUGAGAGACUACAGGAUGAAGGAGAGGAGGAGAAGGAGGAGAAGGAGGAGGUUGUGGGGGGACUGAUGGAGAAGCUGAAGGAGAAUUUGGGGGAGGUGGAGCUGCUGAGGGUGAGGCUGAACGUGGCCAAGGAGGAGUGUGAGGAGGUUAAGGAGGAGGUGGAGCGGAGGGAGCGCAGCCUGGAGCAUCAGAUGAGCGCUGUGAGGGAGAGGGAGGAGGAGGUGGAGCAGCUGAAGGAGCAGCUGAGGCUGGUGGAGGAGCGAGAGGAAGAGGGAAGAGAGAGGAGGGAGGCAGGAGAAAAAGAUGACAGGAUCUCCUUCCAGGUCAAGGAGCUGCAGGAGGCUCAGUCAGAGAGUGAGGGAGCAAGGAGGAGAGCCAGACGGAGGGAGGAGGCCAGCAUCAGGCUGGAGGGGGAGGUGAAGGAGUGGCAAGAGAAGGCAGAGCGGAGCACGAGGGAGGCAGCAAAGGUUAGCCACCUCCUGAAGGAACGAGAGGAGGAGGUGCAGCAGCUCAGAGCCACGCUGGAGGAGAGGGAAGAGGAGGAGGGGAGAGAGAGGGAGGCACUGAGGAGAACGGAGGAGGAGAGGAGGAGGAGGCUGGACAAGAAGCUAAAGGAGGUGGAGGAAGAGAAGAGGAGACUGGAGGAGAAAGUGAGGGAGGUGGAGGAGGAGCAGGAGGAGGAGAGGGAGGCGCUGAGGAGAGCAAGGGAGGAGAGCAGGACGCUGGAGGACAGAUGGGAGGAAACGAAAAACGAAGUGAAGGAGCAAAGAGAGGAGCUGAGGAGGACAGAGGAGGAGAAGAGGAGGCUGGAGAACAGAUUGAUGGAGGAGGUGCAGGAGAACCUGAGGAGGACUGAGAAGGAGGUGACAGCUCUCACCGAGGCAGUGAAAAGGGAACAGGAGGAGAAGAAGGAGGCACAGGAGGAGAUGACAGCCCUCAAGGAAGAGGUCCAGAAGGAGCAAAGGAGGAGGGAGGAGACCCAUGAGAAGUUGAGGCAGAGGGAGGAAGUACAGGACGAGCUGAGGAGGAGCGAGAGGAAGCUGUCUGCUCUUAGAGAGGAGGUACAAGAGGAAAAACGGGAGAAGAAGGAGGCGCAGCAAGAGCUUAUGAAGAGGAGAGAAGAGGUGACUGCUCUCAGAGAAGAGGUGCAGAGGGAGUGGAGGCAGAGGGAGGACGUGCAGGAGGAGCUGAGGAGGACCAGGGGUGAGCUGAUGGUCAUCACAGAGGAGGUGCACAAGGAGCAGAGGGAGAAGGAGCAGACACAGGAGAAGUUACUGAAGGCGGAGAAGGAGGCGACAGCGCUCGGACAGGAGGCGCAGCAGGAGCGGAGGAGGAGGGAGGAGGUGCAGGAAGAGCUGAGAGGAGUGCAGCAGAGUGUGGAGGUGAUGUCAGUGAACCUGAGCUCCCUGCAGACUCAGGUGUCCGGUCUGAGUCAGAGCAGGGAGCGAGCCAGGCAGGAGGUGAAGCUGAAGGAGGAGGAGAUGCAGCAGAUGAAGGAGGGUCUGAGGGCCGCGCUGGAGGAGAUGACCAACCUGAAACUCCUCCUGCAGGAGAGCCAUGCUGAGGGGGAGCGUCUGAGGAGCGCUCUGAAGGAGAAGAAGGAAGAGGCGGAGAGGAUCAGAGAGGAGAACCUAAGGAGUGUCAGGGAGGGGGUGCAGAGACAGAGAGGGGAGAUGGAGAAUGAAAGAGCAGAGGUGGAGGAGCUGAGAGCCAGAGCCAAGGCCCUGGAGAGGAGGAGGAGGGAGAUGAUGGAGGAGCUGGAGGAGGCGCGACAGGCGAAGGAGAGGGCGGAGGAGGAGAGGAGCGAGGCCGAGGAGCGAUGGAGGAGCAGAGUCAAAGAGAUGGAGCAGGAGCAGGAGCUGAAGCUGAAAGAUCUGCUGGGAGAAAUCCAGGCACUAAAGGAGAGACAGGAGGAGGCUGAGAAGGAGUGGAGGUCCAGGGAGGAGGAGAGAGGGAGGGAGGUGGAGGAGAGCCGGGCUGAGCUGUGCCGGGUCAGAGCUACGGCGGCCAUGUUGGAGGAGCAGAAAACACAGAUCUCCCCCCUGGCUGCUGAGAGAGAGCACAUCUCCUCUCUGCUGCAGGAGAAAGAGGAGAUCAGGAGGCUGCUGAGGCAAAGAGAAGCUGAGGUUUACACUCUGACUCAGAGGAGCCAGGAUCUGGAGAGGGACAGGGAUCGAGUCCGAUUGGCUCUGGAGCGAACUGAGGCAGCUAUGAUUGGUUACAGGGAGAGAGCCCACCAACAGGAGCAGAGCUCGGGGGCGGGACCUAACCCAGACCAGGCCAGUGCUGUCGGGGACAGACUGGUGGUCCUGCAGCAUCUGGUGGCUGAACUGGAGCUGGAACAGAAACGACUGAACAAGAAAAACUCUCACCUGGAAAAUCAGAAGGACAAACUGAAGAGAAACAGAGACACACUGAGAGACACACUGAGACAGGUAGAGGAGGAGCGUUCAAGGCUCAGACAGCAGCUGAUUGACAUGAGAUCUCAGACUGCAGACACCACAGAAGAAGAGCGCCUGAGGAGCCGAGUGAGGGAGCUGGAGGACCAGGUGAGUCAGCUCCGUCUCUCAUUGGCUGUGGAUCAGCAGCAGAGGGCGGAGUUUAUCCAACAGUCCUCCAGAAACAGCCAGUGGCUGCUCUCUCUGAGACACGACCUCAGCGAUUCGCUGGCCACCGUCACACGCCGUCCAAUCCCGUCUGUCCUGGAGUCUGAGACGCAGCGAUUGGACCGCAGCCUGAGGGAGGAGGAGCUUAGAAUGUCCCUCAGCCAAUCAUAAUGCCUGAAAAUAAAAAAGACUUAAAAC